AUGAGUAACAAAAGCAACAUGAACCGAGAUUUGUUUGUGAUGGACUUUGUGCAGUUCGUCUCAGCACCGCAAACUCACGCCAAACGUGUCCGCAAAAUUAAGAAAACAAUGGAAACCUGUCCGACCAAUUUGACGGAGACGCAGUGGAUGAAGAUGUGGCGCGGAUUCUACUAUGCAAUCUGGUACAGUGAAAUGCGCAAAGGUGGCGAAGAACUGAUUGAAGAGAUGGGCUCAUACCAAAACGAGUCCUAUUUGUUGUCGGGUUUUAAAUCGCUCGCUGAAGACUGGAACGGCAUUGACGCGUUUCGUAUUGACAAGUACAUGUUCCUGAUGCGACACUUGCUGCGUAAUGUGAUCAAACAGCAAAUUGCCGCCUUACUAGAAGACAAAGUUCUUUUUGAAAAUAGCCCGUUUCUCAGUGAAAUUAAAAAAGCCGCUUCUUCAACUUCCAAAAGCAGCGAUCAAACAAACGGAACGACGACCACCUUGGAGAGGAAAUCGCUGGUAAUCGACUACAUUGUCACCGUGGCCAGCGGUUCAGUUGGAUACUUCUUGCACCUGUGCGACAUUUACAUGGAUGAACUGGAAAGGUGCAUUAAUGAGCUGGUGGAAAAGGACACCGACAAGUCGGAGGUCUACUACCACAUGAUGAUUCCAUUUGCUCGCAAACUCUCCACCAUCACCGAUGAGCGCCUUCGCCGAUCGAUUCUCAAAAUGUUCAAUCAACUGUUUACCGAAAUUCUGCUCACGGCCAGCAUCUCAAUGCGCGUGGAUACGGUGAGCAAGUUCUGCGAUCCACUCGUUGAAAUUGCCAGUCACACUGAUUCGGGGAAAAAUCGCAACUGUCUCUACUCUCUCGCUGAAAGGGUUCGCUCACAGGUGCAGACACUGACGUCCUCUAGAAAAGAUGAGAAAAAGGCACUGAAAAGGAAGGUGGUCGGCAUUGACCGCAAGACAAAGAAGGUCAAGUACGAGGUGGCCACCACAGUUCCCUUCGUACGGUCACUCGUUCCACUGCCACUGAUGUAA